AAUACAUGUGCCAGCACUUGUUACUUUAACACAGAUAAAUUUACCAACUAGCUGACUGUUCCUCCCUAUCAGAGAAUGAAGAACACAAAUGGAAAGGGAUAUGGGAGAAGCAUAUUUGAUGGAGAGUCCUGAUCAUGACUCACUUAGAAAAAGUAUAAUCAGGCCUGGAUAGGUUGCUGUAUUGAUGGGUCUUGGGUUACCAGACCCAUUGGGCUUGUGUUGGUUCAAUGUGGGAGUCAACAGCAAUCAGAGGGGUUUUUGUUUAUUUAAAGUUUUCCCUGGAUUUGAUGUGGUCAACUUAUCUAGUGGGUAGGACAUAGAAGUAGGAGAUAGGGCAUUGUGAUGCUUUGGGGAAUUUAUGAUAUCCCUAUUUGUCCACUAGUAGGCUUUGUACUUACAAAUCUGAUAAGCAUUCUCUGUCUUUGUCUCACUCAUUUUCUCCAAGUCUUGGAUAAAAAUCUGAUUCAGCAUACAGUCAAGCACCAAUCCUUUGAGCAUUCUCCUGGAGACUUACUGUCAAGAUGACAUUAAAUGACUUCAUCUUAAUGCCUUCUCUUUGAGUCCGGACAUCUAGACUACUUCUAUAUCCAUGUUCACAUCUUUCUCUCUGAUAAUAGUCUAAGUCAGUGAAUCACAUGCUUACUAAAAUUCAGGCAAAUGAUAUUGUUAAAAGAUCAUAAGAUUAAAGUGGCCUAAGUUCUUGAGAUCAAAUGGGCUUUGUCAUUACUGCCUCCUUUCCUAAAUGUUCAGAACCUUCAUUGAGAAUCCUCUCUACUUGUGUAUCGAUUAUUUUCAUGAAGAUUUUGUAGAAAUGGGAAAAUUGUGUAGUAUUAGCCCUAUUUUAUAGGGGAGGAAAUUGAGAUUCCAGAACUAAGUAAUGUAGGCCAGAUUCCAUUUCAAGUCUCCUCGAUUCUAUGACCAGCACUUUGGCCACUGUGUAACGUGGAGCUCCUUCAUGGGACACGUUGCUUACUUAGGUGUCAAGAAUUGAAAUGUGUUCCCUCUUCUUGGUUGUGGAGAGCAGACUUUUGAUACAUUUUUUCCCUUUUUUCUCCUUUGUCUUCCUUCCAAAAAGAAGCCUCAAGCAGGGAAUUCUGGCUGAUAACAUGUUGCUUAUAUCUAAAUAAGUAAAGGCUUAGAAAUUGGGGUCUGUAGUCCAAUGAAACAGAGUGAACACUGGACUUGAUGUCUGCGAGCCUGGGAUUCGGUUCCACCUUUGCUACUUCUUAGCCAUGUGGCUCUUGCAAAUGGCACUUCAUCUGCCAUCACUGUGUUUGUACUAGGUGUCCCCAAUAUCUGGAAUUCUCUCCUAAGAUUCUCUCCCUUCCAGACUCGGCUCAAAUCCCAGCUUUCAUAGCAGGUAUCUUCCAGUUCCGGUAGCUAUUGCUUCACUUUCUUGCCUUCUGACAUUCUCAUCCAUCUACGUAGUGUAUCGCUCCGCUAUACUCAGCUGUACUGAGCAUGUUGUCUUCUCCAUUAGAAUGUGAGCUCAUUCAGGCCAGAGACAGGGUUGUUGCCUUUUUUUGGUUGUAUCUCCAGUUUUAAGUACAGUGCCAAGUACACAGUAAGCACUUUGAUGGCUCACUGUCUAAAGAUUUCCCCUAAUUCCAUUUGGAGGCCAAGUGUGUGAAAGGCACUUAAAGGGAAGUUUGGGAGAAUCAUUUACCGAACUGAUUCUUGUCCUUGCCUUUCAUUGAAGAUGUUCUUAUAAUCAACCUGUUUGAUGUUGUGCCAUUUAAGUCAUACUCCCUAAACUAUCAUGUUAAACCUAUUGCCACACUGUUUUUCUUCACGCCUCCCUUAUUGGCUUUACAAAAGGUACAUUUUCCUCACCCCAACUCCUCGAUUAUCAUUGACAUAAGGUUUCAGGGAGUGUGGGGGGGGCAGUUCUCACAGUUUGUACCUGUGGCGUUCUUUGAGAUCUUCCACUGAUGGUGGGGCAUCGAUAUUCUUUGCUAGCAUAGUCAGUGGCAUCUUAUUCUUCAUUGUCCAAUGAGCUCCCAGUCUUCAGAAUCUCUUAACUAGAAUUAGGAUUUUUAUACUGACCUUCUGAAGAUCGGUGACAUCUUUAAAAUAAGCAGAGCUGUGACUUGGAAUUUUUGUAUCUAGGCUGGCUGCAGAGAAUGGACCUUUAGUCGGAUUAGGAUGAGGGACAGUGGGAGAUAGGGGGUAGAUUCUUUCCGAAGCCUGUAGUUUGCCUUUUUAACCCAUUCUUAGUGACAACUUGGUGCUAAACUCUGCUGCUUUGUCAAUUACAAGGACCACAAAUGCUAUCUGUGCCCUUUAAAUUCAAAUCUUUGGUACAAAGCCCCUGUUGUUCUUUCCUGGUUUUGCCUCUGAAAGUGGGAGCUGAUGGGUAUUUCAGGAUGCGCAUUUGCUGUAGAGCAAAUCUGUGCAGUUCGAGGCCUGGAAGACCCCCCAAACGUUCUCUGGGAGUGGCCAUACAAGAAAACGCGCGCCUUCUGCCCCAUGGCGUCCCAGGCCUCAUAUCACCAGGCCUUAUCUCACCAACAGGUAUUACAGCUGCUGCCAUGGUCGAGGCCAUGAAGUUACAGAAGGUGAAGCUCAUGGCAAUGAAUAGUCUCCAUGGAGGUGGAAGCCAAAAUGGAACCGAGUCAGAAAAUGAAGAGCUUAACUCUAAUGCUGGUGGAAGUGAAUCCUCCUGGGACAAGGAAAAGAUGCAGUCUCCUAUGACUUCUGGAUCCCAGCCCAGUGUGAGCCAUGCCACACUGCCAGGCCAGGCCAGCCUGGGAAGUGCCCAUCCACUCAAUCCUCUCCAGCAAAAUCAUCUGCUGACUAACAGGCUGGACCUGCCAUUCAUGAUGAUGCCUCAUCCACUGCUGCCUGUCACCUUGCCUCCUGCAUCAGUCGCCAUGGCGAUGAACCAGAUGAACCACCUCAAUACUAUUGCCAACAUGGCCGCAGCAGCCCAGAUCCAUAGCCCACUCACCAGGGCAGAGGCUUCUGUUAUUAAGGAGAGGAUUCAGGAGAGCCCUUCCCCUGCUCCUUCUUUGGAUGAGGGCCUUCGCCCUGUCAGCCUUGAAUCUUCUCAUCACAGCAGCAGCAUGUCCAGCUCUCCUUCUCAGAUGGACCGCACCCCAGAGAGAUUUGCUCUGAUGACUGCCAAUAGAGAGGGAGAGUUCACUGAUCAAGAUAAUGGAUCAAAUCCAAAAAAGCACCAGAAGGAGAAAGAAGAGGUGCAGGUUGCCAUGCCGAUGAUGAAACCGGGCCUAGAGAAGGUCCAACUGGCUGGACAAGCCAUGCCUGCUGGCUUCUCCUCCCCAUUCAUUUUUGCCGAUAGCCUUUCUUCUGUGGAAACGCUCCUGACCAACAUUCAGGGCCUCCUGAAAGUGGCUCUAGACAAUGCUCGCAUCCAGGAGAAGCAGAUGCAGCAGGAGAAGAAAGAACUGAGAAUGGAGCUCUUCAGAGAGAGAGAGCUAAGAGAGACCCUGGAAAGACAGCUUGCUGUGGAGCUGCAAAGCAGAGCUACGAUUCAGAAGCGCCUGAAGAAGGAGAAGAAGGCCAAGAGAAAACUGCAGGAGGCCCUGGAAUUUGAGUCCAAGCGUCGGGAGCAAGUGGAGCAAGCCCUGAAGCAAGCUUCCACAGAUGCUGCAAUGCCAGAUAGAGAAAUAGAGAAUGGGACUCAGCCUGACAAUGCAGCAACAAUGCAAGAGAGCCAGGUGUACAUCAAGCCUCCCGUCAUGUACUGAAGGAAGUUUCUAAUAAAAAGAAUAUAUCCAUACACAUGCCAUCCAUUAUCUGAAGCUAUCUAGUUCGUUAAGUUGUUACCUUUGAUGCCUUCAGUGCUAUGUGAAGAACAGAAAUUGUAGCAUGAAACUUGAAGACGUUGGCUGCAUUGAAUACCGCAACAUCGAAAGCUUUUUGUAAGCCGCUCACGCCAAACCAAGCCUGUUGCAAUUGAUCAUUUGUAGACCCCCUCUCCUCUAGAAGUUUUAGUCUUUUUGAGUACAUAUGAGAUUUAUUCCUUCAAGAGAACUAACCUUUUAUUUGCCCCCCUUAAGGAGGUAGCUAUUACUGUCUAGCAGUGGCACAACCCUUAUUAAUCGGCCCUAAUGGUCCCCGCUGGCUUUACCUAUGUGCAAAUCCUAAGUCCAGUUUAGCGCCAAAACUAUUCACCCUUGAGCUGUUUCAAUUGUGUUUAUAAAUUAAGCUUUGUUUACUGAAGCAGAUAUUCCAUAUAUACUACAUUUUGCAGAGAAAUAUGUGUACGUUUUAAAAAAAGGGCAUAAAAGUGCCCUUUCAAUUUGAUGAAUGAUGCGAAUACUGUGUGAGCUUAAUUAAUCUUAACCAGCUGAAGUCCUAUGGUUAUAAUUGAUGCUUUAUAUGCUCAGUUCAGCUUGGCUUUUGGUCUUUUCCAGUGAAAACAUGAAUAUGCAGUAGAGUGUUAGAUCCUAGAAACUUUUACGUAUGGUUUCUCUGUUGUACCAUAUUAAGUUAAAGUACCCCUUCUUUGUUAAGAUGUUCUCGCUUAAAAUGCAGUAUUAAAAAAAAAAAAAAAAA